AUGCCAAUAGAGACCCUGUUGUACCCACAGAGUAGCAGCACGAUGACACCAGAAGAAAAGAAAGGACAUCGAGACACUGAAAGAACAAAAUUACAGCUCCGCGCAGUGCGCUCCGUCUGCGGGAUUCCGGCGCGGCUUCGCUGGUCUCACCCAGAGCUGCGCGCCGACGCCAAGGGCACCGUCACGGCGCAGCUCGGCAGACUGGCCGGGGCGCCCGUUUUGAAAUGCCUCUGGGCAACCUUGGUUCCGCUGCUGGGCACCCCUAGUCCAGCUGCUAACCGCGGACUUGGCCCUCGUCCCGCGCUCCGAGCCGGUGCCUUCCCCGUCUGUGCGCGGUCCACGGUGACCUUAGAGCAGCCGGCUGCCAGGCUGUUCCCUGGCGUCACAAGUUUGACAGCUUCGCACCAAAUCAGAUUGCAGCAUUUCCAGAAAGCCCCGAGGCGUCACCGCGAGAUACUGGGGAUUAGAACUCGCCUCCCCAGGUUCGCCCCCUCCCAGCCAUUUAAAGCUCCUCUGUGGGGCGGGACUGGGGAAAGGGCGCUCCCGGCUGCGGCUCCUGCGGCCCCAGCCAGCAAGAUGUUGGAAUCAAGACUGGGACUUAGGAGUAAUCAUUGGGAUGCAGCUGAGAGAGCUGACCACACAAGUAGCACCAGUCUCCCCUGCCAAGAUCAGCACUUUGCAGGGGGCCAGGACUACAAUUGCCCCCAUUCCACCUCAACGUCAGCAUCCAGUGUUGACGUUUCCAGGGAAACUUGGGUCUCUUUUUGGGCUGCUGGUCUCCUGGACAACAGAGAGCCCCAACAAGAGCCACAGGCACAGGAACAGUGCAAUGGUUUGGAUUUCUUGGUCCACGAGGAUUAUGCCGGGGCAGGGAAUCAGCUAUCUUCCCAACUCUACCGAAACAAGCAGCUCCAAGACACCUUACUGCAGAAGGAGGAAGAACUUGCUAGGUUACAUGAAGAAAACAACAACCUCAAACAAUACCUGAAUUCGGCUUUGGUGAAAUGCCUUGAGCAGAGAGCCAAGAAAUUGCUGAAGCAAAAUGGACCCACCCAAAUCUAUGGGUGUACAGAAAAUGGGAAGAGGAAAACAAAGGAGGGAAGGUACUCUGCCAUAGAUAUCCCCCAUCCCAAGAAUGCCAAGAGAAAUCUCUUUAAUGAGUUUGCUGCCUGUGAGGGGCAGCCAAGUCCCCCUGUGGACUCAUGGGUCCUGAAGACCCUUGGAUUAAAAGACCUUGACACCAUUGAUGAUAGUGUGCCAGCUAACUACAGUGCCAUGCUCUCUCAGCCUGAAAGGAGCACAUUCCCACAGUUUUCCAGUGAAGAGGUGAGCUAUGAACAUGGUGGCAUUGUGGGGCUGCCUAUUUCUUAUGAGAGUGCUCAAGUGGCACCCUUGCACAACACAGGCAGCCAACAGGAGGACUUGGCUUUUUUCUCUGGGGUGCCCAACCAAACAGGUGCUUUACAAACCAUGUCUAACCUUUCCCCUGACCCUUUUCCCCCUUUCACCUCACCUGGCUAUACUCCUGAUAUCUCACCCAAUAAAACAGAUGUGGCCUUUUCCACAUCCCUGACACCCCACUGCCAUGUGAAAACCCAUUCCUUCCAGCAGGGACAAGCCUUUGUACGGAGAGAUGAAGAAGGCUGGAAGUUUACCUGGGUUCCUAAACAGUCUUAG